AGAUGUGUCAAUGAGGCUGAAACCAAAACACGACCAUAAUCGCAACCGCCUGCGCCUGCGCUCCAAUUUACAGCGUAGUGACAGCAACCUGAAAGAUCUCAUGGAAAAUCCUACGACGUCUAUUGCUCCUCCUUGACACAGUGGUGCUAAAGACUCAUGAGAAACACUCAUGGCUUCCGAAGACGAGCCUGGUCGACGGAACUCCAGCCCCCAACCGACUACACAGUCACCAACUCUGGCAGAUAACCCCUACAACCCCAACUCAGCCGCCUACUUGGCCUAUCCUGUCAAGCAUGUCGUAUCAAGCCUGUACCGGCGAAUGACCGAGCCUCCAGACAAUCCUGUGAACAAAUUGCUUGACGCUCCUAACGUACGCUCCUCCUCAGGUGCAUACACCCCACCGAAGAGAACACAAUCUCCCUUUCAACCUCCGCCACUCACUCCCCUGGAAUUGAGGCAUACACUACCAACAAGAGCAGCAGACUCACUGCUGUUGACGCGUUCUCUGGCUGAAGAGAUUCGUCUCUUGAUUCCACCAAGGCUUCAGCUGAUUGACAAGUGGAGGCUGGCGUACUCAUUAGAGGCGCACGGAGCAUCAUUAUCGACGCUAUACGAACAUUGUGCCAAUGUCUCUACAUAUACUCAACGAUCAGGCUAUGUCCUUGUCGUACGAGAUGGCUCUACGGCGGCUGGACAAGGAUCAGUUUUUGGUGCCUACCUCUCCGACUCUCCGAAACCUUCGCUGCAUUACUUCGGGACAGGAGAAUGCUUUUUGUGGCGAGCCAGCAUCUUGCCGACUCUGAGAAACCUAUCCGUCUCCCUUGGUAACACGUCAAACUCGCCGUCGCAUUCGCAAGAUCUGCUGGAGUUGGCCGGACUGCCUCCUCCUCCGAGCGCAGAUACUACCAACCUUCAACGAGCAACAACGAUCCGAGGCGAGCGACAGACAUCUUCGGUUUCGAAACCGACAUCACCAAUGGGAGUCCCUGCCGAGAAGCAAGCGCUUGCACCUAUGCCGCCACCUCGAUCUGAAACGUCUACGCCUGACCGGAUUCGUUUCAAAGCCUUUCCUUAUAGUGGAAUCAACGACUUUUUGAUCUACUGCGAGUCAGGCUACCUGUCCAUUGGAGGCGGCGAUGGCCAUUACGGACUGUGGCUAGAUGAUGCCCUUGACAACGGUGUCAGCGAGACCUGUCCGACGUUCGGCAAUGAACCCUUAAGUGACGAAGGACGACGCUUCGAGGUGAUAGGCGUGGAAGUAUGGUACGUGGGGGCGUGACGAACUGGGACGCACACUAUCGGCAACCUCGCCGCUGACAAAGAAACCUGCAUUUGAGCUUCCGGGACGUCUGACCAUUCCUGCGCUAUGCUUUAGCGGCCCGGUCUCGGUACCAUUACGAGCGGGAGAUCCUCGCAGGGAGACGCUUAGCUGACGCACCGGCACGAUUGCUCAUGCUUGUCAACCCUCGACAGUCCAGCGGGCCGCAAGAAGGAAGCCGGGCUCCAUGAGCCAGUCCCGCUGUACCUCAGCAACUGUCAUAAUU